AUGAGACGCUGGCUAUCGUCAAGACGGCAUCCAACUAAGAGCGCCUGCCUUGUAUGCAGAAGCGCCAAGACCAAGUGCGAUGAAACAAGACCUUGCACGAGAUGUGUCAACAAAGGGCUGACAUGCUCUGAACUCCCUCCCUCGGAAGGUGGAUUCGACGAGUCCUCCGAGAAGCCUGAGAAAAAGUCGACACGAUCGCGUGGCUCCAAGUUGAUGAGGAGGAUCGAGAUAGCAGAGAUAUGGGAAAGGGAAGCAAGCUCUCUACUCGACGAGGCCUUGAGGCACGUUCUUUCUGAGUUUGAUUGA